AUGUUUCUAGAUUGUUUGAUGUAUUCACAAAACUCAUCAAUUUAUACUAUAUUAACGGGAUUAAAUAACACUUAUGGAAACAUAACCUUCUGGAUUAAACUUUGGAAUCCUCUUGAUGAACAAAAUGCAGAAGCCAGAAUAUUACUCAGUUUACUUCCAAUUCCAUCCUCUGCCAAAAAAAUUGCUCAAGAUUGGAAGGCAGGAGUUGAACUUUUGAUUUCAAAUAAUGUCAGCGGUCAGAUAUAUCCAUUUACUGAUAUACAUUUUUUCGAAAAUACACCCGAGAUAUUACUUAGUACUAAAUGGACUGGCCUGUGGAUUGCAUGGGGUGGUGGUUUUAUAUCACUUGGAAUACAUGAUGUAUCUAAACCGUUAAUUAUGGACAAAUAUAAAAUGGAAAAUACUAUUUCAAGUUUACAUCCUGACAGUUUUUUAUACUAUAGUAUCAUGGGUACCGGUGUUUUAUGGAGCACAGAGUAUUGUCAAAAAUACAAAAGUUGUAUGGCUUUGAGGGGGACAUAA